CGGCGCCGAGGGAGACGCGGAGGGUGCCGAGCCGCCGGCAGCCACCCAGAGUCGGGGGAGCACUUGGGGGAGCCCACCCUGUCCGGGGGGGCUCCUCCAACCCUCAGCCCCACCCCCGGGCUCCCCAUGGACGCCCGCUGUGCCCCGGGAGGAGCAGGAGGAGGAGGAGUCGGCUGAAGGCCCGCACUGCGCCCCUGCCCCCAGGCCCCCCAGCACCCCCGGCCCGGCCCGGGGCCGCGCCGCCUCGGCCCGCCCCUCCCGCAGGGCCUUGGCCCUGGACCUGCCCCCCGACCGGCUCGCCAGCGCGCAGCAGGAGCUCGGCGCCCCGCGCGCCGCCGCCCUGGAGUGAGGGACGCCCAGCCCGAGGGGGUCCCCCCCACGAGCCGGUCGCGAUGGACGCCGUCCUGGAGCCCUUCCCGACUGACAGGCUGUUCCCCGGCUCCAGCUUCCUGGACCUGGGGGAUCUGAACGAGUCGGAUUUCCUCAACAAUGCGCACUUUCCUGAGCACCUGGACCACUUUGCCGAGAACAUGGAGGACUUCUCCAACGACCUGUUCAGCAGCUUCUUUGAUGACCCCGUGCUGGAUGACAAGAGCCCGCUCCUGGACAUGGAGCUGGACUCCCCGGCACCAGGCAUCCAGGCCGAGCACAGCUACUCCCUGAGCGGGGACUCGGCUCCCCAGAGCCCAUUGGUACCCAUCAAGAUGGAGGACACCACCCAAGACGUGGACCAUGGAGCGUGGGCGCUGGGACACAAACUGUGCUCCAUCAUGGUGAAGCAGGAACAGAGCCCGGAGCCACCCGUGGACGCCCUGGCCGCCUCCUCGGCCAUGGCCGCCGCCGCCGCUGCCGCCGCCAUGGCCAGCACUCCGCUGCUGGGCCUCAGUCCACUGUCCAGGCUGCCCAUGCCUCCCCAGGCCCCAGGAGAGAUGACUCAGCUGCCAGUGAUCAAAGCAGAGCCCCAGGAGGUGAACCAGUUCCUCAAAGUGACACCAGAGGACCUGGUGCAGAUGCCUCCGACGCCCCCCAGCAGCCAUGGCAGCGACAGCGACGGCUCACAGAGUCCCCGCUCUCUACCCCCCUCCAGCCCAGUCCGGCCCAUGGCCCGUUCCUCCACCGCCAUCUCCACCUCCCCACUCCUCACCGCCCCGCACAAACUCCAGGGGACAUCCGGGCCGCUGCUGCUGACCGAGGAGGAGAAGCGCACCCUGAUCGCCGAGGGCUACCCGGUUCCCACCAAGCUCCCCCUCACCAAAGCCGAGGAGAAGGCCCUCAAGCGGGUCCGGAGGAAAAUCAAGAACAAGAUCUCAGCCCAGGAGAGCCGCCGGAAGAAGAAGGAGUAUGUGGAGUGCUUGGAGAAGAAGGUAGAGACUUUCACAUCAGAGAACAAUGAGCUGUGGAAGAAGGUGGAGACCCUGGAAAAUGCCAACAGGACCCUGCUCCAGCAGCUGCAGAAACUCCAGACCCUGGUCACCAACAAGAUCUCCAGGCCUUAUAAAAUGGCCGCCACGCAGACCGGAACCUGCCUCAUGGUGGCAGCCCUGUGCUUCGUCCUAGUUCUGGGCUCCCUGGUGCCCUGCCUUCCAGAGUUUUCCUCCAGCUCCCAGACUGUGAAGGAAGACCCCAUCCCCACGGACAGCGUCUACACGGCCAGCCAGAUGCCCUCGCGAAGCCUCCUAUUCUAUGACGAGGGGGCAGGCUCCUGGGAGGACAGCCGCAGUGCCCUGCUGCCUGUGGAGCCCCCGGACGGCUGGGAGAUCAAACCCGGGGGGCCAGCCGAGCCACAGCCCCAGGACCACCUGCAGCAUGACCACCUGGACAGCACCCACGAGACCACCAAGUACCUGAGCGAAGCCUGGCCUGAAGACGUCAGUGGCAACGGCAGCAGCCCUGACUUCUCCCACCCCAAGGAGUGGUUCCACAACAGGGACCUGGGCCCCAACACCACCAUCAAGCUCUCCUAGGCCUUUGCCGGACCCGGACACAGGACGAACCCCUGGCACCCAGAAGUACCCUGAUCCAACCCACACCCCACCCUGGGGCUCCCCACCCCACACUGCCCCAGGACUUGGAGCUCUGCCUCUCCCCAGCCCUUCCGGGCCCCUGUCUCGGCUGAGGCCUGACCUCUACCCCCACCCCUUGGCAUCUGGACUGUCCCCCUUUGGACCAACCACUCUGUCUCUAUGCCUCCUCCCUGCCACUGCCCGGGCCUCAGAGACAUCACUCACUGGCCUGGCCCCUCUCAACAAUGACCAAUACGACCACUGCUCCUGUCUGCCCCCAACCCCCGCCCUGUCUCCCACUGUACAGAGACCAAGAACAGAAAUUGUUUGUAAAUAAUGAACCUUAUUUUUUAUUAUUGCCAGUCCCCUAAGAUAUUGUAUUUUACAAAUUCUCCUCCUCUCCUACCCCCUCCCUUGUUUUAUAUUUUAUAAAGUUAGUGCGGGCUUCGCUGUCCCCUGACCGGGAAAGAGGGGGGGCUCCCACCCACUCCUUGCCUCCACCCCCCCAAACCCGGUCUUCCCCCCGCUGCUGCCCACGCCACUGGGCCUUUUUAAUUGCCAAAACUGCUCUGUCCCACAGCUCAGCACAUGCUUUGAGAAAGCAAAAUUUAAAAAAAAAAAAAAGAUGCAGCAUCAA